GCAGAUUGAUUUUUUCUUUUGUAUUACACUAUCAUUUUUUUUCUCGAUUUCGUUUUAUGAGUUUAUGACUGUGUUAGUGUGUUCGUAAAUUGAGAACAUACAAUUUUCUUACUCUUUUGAAAAUAGCAGAGACGCAGAGUUCAUCUAAAAAUACUCAAUACAAUUAUCGAAUCUACUUUUCAGGUGUUGAGUGAAAAAGCUGAUUACAAAGCGUGUUUGCAAUCAUGUCAAGCUAUAACAAUCAACAUGCCCAAAAUGCAUUUAAAAAUGAUGGCUCAUUCCUAGAAGUAUAUCAACGUUUUGAACAACAACAACAGCAGCAGAAAGCCAGAAUUGGAGAACUACCAAUACCUGAAGUACAAGUAUCUCAAACUUCAUCUGCUGCUGCUGCUGCUACUUCUACUAAUACUACUACUUCGGCAGUUGCCUCUGAAAAACGAUCUGAAACUCUUAAAAUGUUGCCAAUAAUUGGCAAACGUAAAAAUAAAGCAUUAAAAACGGGUGUGGUAAAAAAGGUUAAGCCCGACGAUGAAAAAAAAGUAUCUAAACCUACAGAUGCUUGGUCAUUGUAUUUAGAUGAAGUUAAACGUUACCAGGAAACAGUGGGAGAACAGGAUAAUAAAACUAGACCUCUUGUAAAAUAACCAAUUACAAAAUCCUGCUUUAUACAUUUAAUCUGUAAAUAAAUACAAUACUUUAAAAAGUAAAAUACGAACUAGUAAUGUGUCUAUGUUCAAUCAAAAAUCAUUUUUAACAUAAUUGCUUUGGUUGUUACUUUUUAAAAAAUAAGUUAUAAAAUUAUAUAAGUGUACCUACAACAUAAUGAUUAAACUAGGGUUUUACUUUU